CAUGUCUUCAUGAAUUCAGCAACCCCACUGUGUCCUUGUAAGAAAGGAAAAGAUAAUUAUGCAAGACUGUGUUAUGUUCUUAUUGAGGUGGGAACACUUGUGCUAACAGAGAUCUUUAACAAGGUGUGUUCACCAAAAAAACUUGAAUUGCUUCUGAAGGAUUACAAAAUUUAUAGCAAACUAUCAAGUCUUCGAAAGAGGAGGGUCCUGAGUGUAAGCCAGUGGUCAAAACUGUAUCCUGUUGUCAAUUCAUCAGUUUCCUCAAGAGACUUUGACUCCUCUUUACAGCUUCUUCUUCUGAGAACAAUUCUUGGUCUAAAUCUCUCAGUCACUGGCCAGGAAAACUUUCCUCCAGUGACAGAUACUUCCCCAAUUGCUGGCAUAACUUGCUUGAAAGUCCUUAGGGACAGAAUUCACCAUCAUGACACCAGCGGAUCAGUGGAUGAUACAACUUUCAGUUCCCACUGGUCUGACAUCAAAGAAAUCAUCAUGAGGUUUGGAGGGCGCUGGUAUUUGGAUACUAUCAAUGGUCUUGAAGUUGAUCCUUUGUAUGAAGAUCUUGCAGAAGAUUAUCAAAAACGGUUGAGAGAGUGGUUGAGGGAUGAUGCCUUCACCAAAGACAAAUUAGAAGAAGGUAAAACAGUGAAGAAGGCCAGGAAGGAAGAGGACAUGGAGGGUUUAAUUGACAUUUCUAAGCAAAUUUCAGGAAUGGAAGGUCUGUGUAAUAUUUUAGUAGAUACUGAGUCUUUAAGUCACUCUGGUGUAUCAACAGUGUUUGAGAAUUUCAUUCAUGGCUCAUUAAAGGCAAAGUAUGUGCCAGAGACCUUAGGAAUUUUUUUCUUUGCCAUUUAAAAAGCAUUCAUUUGAGAAUCAAAACAACAAACUGAUGUUUUGUAAAAUUGUCUACAAAUGUGCCAAAUCCUGCAAUUGGAAACCCCACCAUUUGGAAUCUUGCUUCAUAACAUGGCUGCUUGUUUGUACUUGAGUUUUAGCAAAGUCUUGCCCCCUUUUAUUUUUAAGCAGUUUGUUUCAACUAUGAGGAGCUACACAAAAUGUAUUCUUAAGUAAAUCAUAUUUUUGAGGUUUAGUAAGCAACCUCCUGCAGUCAAAUUUUCAGCAAAUUUAAAGAAACUUUUAGAGUGGUUUUUUUUUACUCAUUGGAAUCUUAAACAAUUGUUAGAGGUAAAUUUUUAUAUCAUUUUAUUAAGUGGAGGUAAAAAUCAUAUUAUGGUUCCUGAAGCACACUUCUUUGUUAAAGUGGAGGAACUGUCUCAUUUUUUUUUGUGAAGUCACAGUAAAGUUAUUUGUCAGACUAGCAUUGUUACUGAAAACAGUUUUUGAACUGUACUUAAGAAAAAAUCCUUCACAAACAAUGUUACAUGUAUGUACACAUGUGGUCAGUAUGUAGUAUUUUAUUUUGUCAUUUAAAAUCACAUUUUUCUUUUUCAGAGUCAAAACUUAAUAAUCAUGCACAUAAUGGAGCACCAGAGAGUUCCAAGAUCAGCCCACCAGAGCUCAGUUUGGCCAUUCCAGAGAUUUCUCAGCUUUCUUUUCUCUCUACUAAUUGGGAAAAUGUUGAGCUCCCAGUUGAUAUUUUGUUAUUCACAGUCAGAAAGGAGGAGUUUUUAUCGUGUUUUGGCUUCCUAAAGAAUCCUGUUAUGAGGAGUUCCCGUGGCUGUAUUGGUAUUGUAUACUUUAGUUCCAUGGAGGAUGAACAGGGAAACAAAAUUAAAAUUGCAUUAAUGCGUUGUUCCAAAGGUCAUGAUGGUCCUGGAGGAGCUUUGUCUGCUGCAAAAGAUGCCAUCUUUCUUUUGAGGCCCAAGGUUUUAUUUUCUGUAGGUGCGUGCAAUGGUGUUAACAGAUCAAAGGUCAAGUUGGGAGAUGUAGUUGUGUCAUCAAAGCUGAAAAUACAUGGAUAUCUAAUUUCACCCAUGAGAAAUAUUAAUAAUCUUAUCAGUAAUAUAGGAGAUGGAUGGAGAGCACCUUUGCAAAAUGCAAAUGGGUAUAAACCUGAGAUCCACUCGGGAGUGUUUCUUUGUGUCUCAGAGGCAAACAAUGACAUAAUUAGCGGAUGUACUGAAGCAAUUGCUGUUGAAAAGGAAGGUGGAGGUGAGAAUCAUAAUGAUUAUAAAGAUGAGCUAGGGAAUUUUCAGCAGUGUAUCAAAUUUCCCCUUCCCUUUUUUAACAUGUGGCCUGUGGGAAGUGAUUUCAAAAAGACUGUUCUGGAAUUAUGUUUGCUGGUCUAAGAAAUGAUGUACACUAUCAUAUAAAACAAGGACUUUACAGGAAUAUAUAAUGUGUAUCAUUAGUGAUUUUGUGUCAGGCUGCAAGACCCUUUUGCUGUUCAGGGUGACUGAAAUGACAUCUGUCACACAUAAUUAGUUUAAAUGGCUGAACAAAAACAAAGAAAAAGGAAAAUUUUUAUGUUCUCAGCAUUUUAAACCUAUUGUUAGUUGGAAUUUUGUAAGCUCUAUCAGGUAGUUAUGAAUUGUCCAAAAUUGUCUUCUGAAAGAUGUAGGAGGUAUCAUGUUAAAUAGGUUGAAGCAUGAGGAAUAAUGUAGCAGUCCCUGAUAAGCCUUUAUCAAGAGUUUGUCUAGUGAAAAUGUAGUUUUACUUUACAGUCUCUUUACAAGGUUUUUUAAAUCAUCAGAUUCAGAAAUUAGCCUCAGGUAUGACUAACUUUCCCUGAAGUUUGUGUUUAUGUAUAUUAAGAGUGCCAAUCUUGGUGAACUUUGAUUUCGAAAAAGUGAUUUUAAUUAUUGAAACUAUAACCAAUACAAACAAAUGUUUGUCUCUUCUUUCAGGAGUUUGGACUGCAGCCCAUGACCAUAAAACAGAAUGGCUGAUAGUAAAAGGAAUUAAAGGCUUUGCAAAUGAUAACCAGUCUUACAAUAAGGAUUGGAAAAAAUUUGCCUGUGUGAUGGCAGCAUCAGUUGUGGCCAACUUAUUAACUGAUCCAGUCAUAUUCCAAGAUUGGCCU